AUGGGCAAUGGUAUUAGUGCAAUUAAGGGAUGUAAAGGGGUGGCGAGCAGAAGUACAGAUGAGUUAUGCUUUCCAAAGUCAAUUAUUCUUUCUAUUCCAUAUGUGAAAAGCUUGACGGAGGCGUUCAUGCAUGGGUUAGCUAAGGUGGAAAAUCUAAAGAUAGAUAAUUGUGAGGAGCUAACAUCUUUGUGGCAGGAUGAAUUCGUAUCCCUUAUAACGCUGGAUAUAAGAGAUUGCGCAAGCCUUGUCAACAUCAGCUUGACAUCUACUUUAAGGAAACUAAAUAUUGAGGCUUGUAGUGGUUUGAAAUCCUUGUCAAUCUCUAAUUGUACAUAUUUGGAAAAGGCAAGCAUUUCGAGAUGUAAUUCUUUGACGUUGAUUUCAAGAGGUCAGUUGCCUCAAAAUUUGAAAACGCUAUAUAUAGAUGAUUGUGAGAAUUUGCAGUUUUUGGCAGAUGAGGAAGAGGCUUUUUCUAAUUCUUCUUCUCUUCUUGAGGACUUGGAUAUUCGGGGCUGUCCAUCUCUAAAAUGCUUGUCAUCAAGUGGCGACCUACCUACCACGCUUAAACGCCUUCAGAUUAUGUCAUGCAUAGAGUUCACAUCCUUAUCAUCAAAAAACGAGUUACCUACAGCUCUUAAAUACCUUUUUGUAUACAACUGUCCGAAGAUGGAGUCAAUAGCGAACAACUUACCCAACAAUGCGUCUCUUGAAUAUCUUCAAAUCGCAAGUUGUGCAAAGUUGAAAUCCUUACCGGUGGGCCUACACAAACUCUGCCACCUCAAUAAGAUCGAGAUAAGUAACUGCCCUAGUUUUGUUUCCUUCCCAGAUGGAGGGUUACUCCCCACCAGCUUGAGAGAUCUUUCGAUCUACGACUGUGAGAAACUGGAGGACUGGCCCAACUGCAUGGGGUAG